UUUAUCAUGUUAUGUUUACGCAAUCUUUUGAUUUUGAGGCUUACACCUCAAAACGCCUUGAGGUUUAUGCCUCGCCUCAUGAAUGAAAAACGCCUCAAUACCCGAAUAAGCAAUUUUAAAUAUUUCGUGGUAAAACAAACAUUCAUUAGAAUAAUGGUAUUCAUCGUUGCUAAAUUUGAUUUAUAGCUCGAUCAAGUUUAUGUUAAAACUGCCUUUCUAUUUGGAGAUGUGGAGGAGAUAUUCAACAUCCUGAGAGUUUUGUGGAAAGAAAUCAAAAUCAAGUUUGUUUCUUGAAGUAAUUCAUUUAUGGUCUUAAGCAGUCGUCUAGAUAAUGUUAUAUUGGGUUUGAUCAGUUAUGAAGCAAAUUGGUUUCAAAAGGUGCAAGUUGGAUAGCUGUGUCUACGUCAUAAGAUCAAUUGAAGGUAAUGUUUUGGUGUAUGGUCUGCUCUAUAUUGAUGACAUAUUGAUGAAAACGAAAAACAUUAAUCUGUCAUCUCAAGAAUUAGUUGUGUCUGGAAUUUGAGAUGAUGGAUAGGGGCACAACUAGUAAAAUUUUAAUAAUACAAAAUUAGAGGAGAGAGAAAAAUGUCCUACUCACAAAAGAAAUAAUUGGAAGAGGCAAGGUUGAAAAGCAAAAUAGCUAGGCAGUAAAACCACUUUUGGCUUCUCAUUUUAGCUUAACAACUGAUACUGCACUGAGGAAUUUCUAUACGGAUGAGGUUACUUACAACUUUUUCGGUAAUUUAAUGCAUAGAAUGAUAUGCACAAGGUUAGCCUAUUCAAUCGGUGUUAGCCAUUCCAUGGAAAAUCUAGUAUGAAUGCAUUGGCAAGCAUUGAAAUGGAUUCUUAAAUAUGUUUCAGGGCUCAUUAAAUUUGGGUUACUUACAACUGUUUGUGGAGGCAUUGUGAGUAAGAAAUUACCCUUGCAACAUAUAGUGAAAUUAUCCAUAACUAAAGUUGAGUUCAUGCAUUUAUUGAAGCCAUCAAGGAACGACUUUGGUUACAAGGUUUUAUUGAGGAAUAGGGUACUGGAAGAUAUUGGUUACAAGGUUUUAUUGAGGAAUAGGGUACAGGAAGAUAUUAUAAUAUUCUGUUAUAAUGAAAAUGCUGUACAUUUUAUGACGAAUUAAAUUUUUUAGGAGCAUUCAAAAUACAUUGAUAUCAAAUAACAUUUCUUGAAGAGGUGUAAUUACCGAAGGGACUAUCAAAAUAGCAAAGAUUGAUACAUGCAAUCGUACUAACAUGUAUUUAUAGGGAGGGAUAGAUGCACGCAAUAUUACUAUCCUGCAUUAAUAAAGACCUUUCCGUGAUUUCAACUUCGGACAUUUGGAUUAUAACUUUAGCCAAUUCUCCAAGCACCCCCUAAAACAAAAGAAUUUGAAUUUGUAAAUUCAUCAUUUAACAACAAAAGUGCAAAUUUACGUGGUUUUUAAACUUCAUCCAACUAAAUGAGCAUUUAGUAGAAACCAAAUUCUGAUUAUCAUUUUCCUUUCUAAUAUAAUUUCUAAAAUAUUUUUUUUUUCUUGGUAACCUUAUUGUGUUGCCGUGAGAUAAAUGAAAUUUGUAAAGCUCAAGCUACAGUUAAAACUUGUAUGCAUUAUUUUCUUGAUUUUGACUUUAUUGAUGCUUGCUACCAUCACAACAUCAUCAUCAAUUUCUGUCACUCUUUUUUUUCUUCAUUUACAAUCUGUGUGAUCAGGGUUAAGAUCGAAUAAGAGCUUUGGUUUUGAAAUCUUAGAUUGGACUAUUUGGUGCUACGUUACAUUAUUAGUGUAAACUGAUUGCUUUCUUUGUAGGGGUUGGCAAGAGUUGUCUCCUUCUACAGUUCUCGGAUGGCUCCUUCAUUACUAGUUUCAUUACCACAAUUGGUAUUGAUUUUAAAAUAAGAACUAUUGAGCUUGAUGACAAACGUAUUAAAUUACAAAUUUGGGAUACAGCCGGUCAGGAACGCUUUUUACAACUGGCAUGCUUUCUAUUUACUUCGCUUACUAUCGAGGGGCCAUGGGCAUUUUACUUGUUUAUGAUGUAAUUGAUGAGUCAUCCUUCAAUAACAUAAGAAACUGGAUCAGGAAUAUUGAACAGCAUGCAUCUGAUAAUGUUAACAAGAUUCUAGUUGGUAACAAAGCUGAUAUAGACGAAAGAAAAAGGGCCGUCCCUACUUCGAAGGGUCAAGCCCUCGCGGAUGAAUAUGGUAUCAAGUUUUUUGAAACUAGCGCAAAAACAAAUCUAAAUGUGGAGCAAGUUUUCUUUUCAAUUGCUAGAGACAUUAAGCAGAAGCUUGCAGAAUCUGAUAACAAACAUGAGGAACGGACAAUCAAGAUCAACAAGCUAGACCAGUCCGCCGGUGACAGCAUUGCUCCAGAGAGAUCGGCCUACUGUGGUUCUUAAAAAAGUUAAGGAUUGGAAGCGGUGCUUUUGGGCUGGUUGCUGUUUGAUCUUAUUUUGAACUAAUAUGAGAAUUAUAGUUAGUGAUUUGGCUGAUGCUUUGUAUUUUAAUCCGAUCAUUCUUUACGCUUGCUGAUCCUGCGUGCAAUGUUGUGCUUUGCUGUGCCGGGAAAAUUGGUACUAUAUUGACCACUUCUAUUGCUCUUUUCACUAAGCAUGUUGCCCCCUUCUCCAUUAUGUUAUGAUUGCGUGUACGCAUAGCUGAA